AUGGAAGUUGAAGUAAAGCUCCGUCUACCAGAUUCCACUUCCCACCAGCUCCUCUCCACCAUCCUCUCCCGCCACCACCGCACGACCCAUUUCCAGAAAAACGUGUUUUUUGAUGGCACCAACGCCGAGCUCUCCUCCAACCUCGCUGUACUCCGCCUCCGCUUCUACAACCUCGAUUCCCACUCCAUCCUCUCCAUCAAAGCCAAGCCCGUUCUCCUGUGUUUUGUUUCCUUUUACGAAAAAAAUUUUGAAAUUUGGUUAUUCUUGAAAUUUAAUUUCUGCAGUGAAAUUCCAAGAUUAUCUGUGUUGUUUGCUAUUUUUGGUGGCGAGGGUUGCCAUGGGUGGUGGUGCAACCUGUUGGUGGAUGCCGGUGGUUAG